CUUCGGCUCUCGCGCGGAAGAGUCUUUAAAUUCUGGCGUGUUACCUCGCCGAUUUUUAAAGAGCGAUUUAACAGUUCAAAUUUUCGAUAUACACCUUUUUUUUGGUUUCCCCCCCAUUCACAAUUGUAACGUCACUAACGACAAACGGGUGGUUUUUGCGUACGUUUUUUUUUUAUUUUCCAAUUUCAUUUCCAUCGAAACACACGUUUCACGAACGUAAAUUCCUCUGUCCCUUUAACUCCGGUAUGCGUACGUGCGUACGUACUCGAUUCUGAUAUAUUUCUAUAUUAGUAUCUCGUACUCAAGGAUUAACAAUAAACCAUUAUCCUCGUACGGCGUACCGUUCGUUAAUUAUUUUAGCGCGUUAAAUGAACGUGUUAUCAUCAUCGUAUUCGUAUAUAUAUGUAUAUAUAUAUUCGUAUGUACAUAUAUACUCUCGUUGUAUACACGUACGUGUAUGAUAACGGGAAGUGAUGUCUUCUCCGCCAUGCGUACAACCAUGCCUACGAGUUUCGGAGUAAAAGCACGUAUGGGGUUUUAAUGAAUAAAUUAGUGGAGAGUGUGAGGUGGUAUUGAGUUCUGUGAGUUCCGUCGAUAACAAAUAUUUUUAAUCAACGAGCCCCGCCCCCUUAUGCCCCCACGUUAUUAAACUGGUUUUCGAUUCGUUCGUUUUUGAGAAAAUCAAUCGCAAAGAGGAUAUAUAUUUUCGUUGCUCCUCUUCGUCGAUCGAAUAAAUUAAAAAGAGAAAAAAAAGGAAAAAAAAAAAGUGUGUGUGAUAUGUCCUUCGAAGUUUAAACAGCGAUCAUCCUCGUCGAUGGUUUCCCAUUAUUUUUCCUCGAUUUUGUUGAUUCGAAUAAUCAUUGAGUGCAGUGUGCUUCGAUGCUUUGGUAAAAUCUAAACUCGCAUAUAUCAUGGAUACUGGAGUAAGUGUGUCGUCCUUAACGGGUUGUUCCGAACGAAAUCAGACAGAACAUUACCUGGAGGGUAGAUCCAGUUUUGGUAAAAACUUAUCAAUCUGAUCACCGGUCUGCUGUUAAAAAAAAAAAAUUAAUAAUAAUUAAAUAAAAUAGGUAAAGCUACGUCGACGAUUAAUAUCGUCUUUCGUUGGUAUUACCUGCGUACCUCGUCCGUCUCAUUGGUCUCCUCGUUCCUCUUGUGCUCCACAAAAAAUUUUCCGAUGCCCACCACCCUUAGAUCGCACGUGUUUGCUAUGCUGUGACAACGUACCACGAUGUGCAGUGAUUUUCGUAUGGUAUGAUAAAGAGAAUUUCAGAAAAAAUUUGCCAAAAAGGAAAGGAGAGAAACACGUGUGUCAUCCGAUCUGUUUCGUUUGCGUCAAAUUUUCCAUCGUUCAAAAUGGAUUGAAUUUGAAUCGGAGUAAUUUUCAAACGAGUAAAAACGACGUCGACGACGAUGCCGAAGAUGAUAACGAAUAUCACAGAUAAAGUCACCGAUACGACGAUGUAAUGCCGUUCACAUGUGUACGAUCACAAUACACAUGCGUUACACCUCGCUGCUUUGAUUAAGAAAAAAAUAGUCGAAAAUUACGUCGAGGUUCGUUUCUAGUUUCUACGUUGAAAAAUUAUUUCGGUGUGUGAAGACGAUUACAAGUUUCACCGUAAUAAUCUUGGUUAUCGUGGUGGUGUUUUUUUAUGUUUCCUUCAUUUGCUCGUUCGUCGAACGGAUUUCCAAUUUUCUUUCUCCUCGUCCAUCGACUGAGAAACAAUAUAAAUUAACUGUGAAAGAAUAAAAGUAAUUUGUCUGAUAUAAUAGAGAAAAAAAAGAAAAUCAUCGGAGUGUGUAACACGUGUCCGAAGACGUAUACGAAUACGUAAUUCUUUCAAAAGAGAGACAAACCCGGUGUGUGUGAUAUCGUUUUAUCGGUGUACCAAACUAUCAACGCGAUAACCAUGGAUAUCCUACCAAGUGGUAACAUAUUCAGGGAGUUGCAGGACAUCCACGAUACCGGAUAUUUCUCCGCUCAGCCAUCGCUCGAGGAUCAUUGGCAACAGACAUGCUACGAAAUGGAGAGGUACCUGAAGGACGAACCUAAGCUGCAGUCGUACAAAAAAUUACCCACGGAACUGGACACGGCGCCUUGGAAUCUUUUCACAGCACCUCCUAUAUCCUGGACAGCUUCUACCGGGAACGCAAACGCACAGUUCGAUCAACCGAUCAAAAUGGAGGUGACGACGACGUCGGACGACAGAGAUCCCCUGUGUUUAGAGGACAUAAAAUUCAGCCCCGGUGAUCACAAUCACAAUCGGGAUAGGGAUCUGUUGGAUCGUCAUCUGGAUUCGUUGUCGAUGUCGUCGGCGAGUUCGGCGUGUUCGGCUUUAUCGUGGGACAGUUCGCCCUCCGUGUCGUGCCGAGCUUUGAUAUUGAAAAAAGAGCCUAGCGAGGACCUCGAGGAGGACGAAGAGCACGAGGAGAUCGAAGAGGAGGACGACAGCGGUUGCGAAGGCGAAGGACAAAUUCUCACACCUCCGUCGAGCCCGGAGUCCGGUCAGGGUCACUCGAACUCCAGUCAUUCGUCGAGCGGUAGUUCCAUGCUCGACGUUCACCAUCACCUGAACCUCCACGGUAACGGCGGGAGGAGCGCCAUCGUCAGGGUCACCGCGAGCAGUCCGCAAGGAGUCGCGAGAUUAAUAACCGUGGCGGCUAGCGGUUUUCCGACGGUCGUCGGUGCCCAACAUCAGCACGUAGGUGCGAGCCCCGUGGCGGCGACGGUAGUACAGAGGCAUCACGCGCGAAGUCACGAACACAGUCCCCCCGACACGAAACGACGGAUACACAAAUGCCAAUUUCCUGGUUGUAAGAAGGUCUACACGAAAAGUUCACACCUGAAAGCACACCAGAGAACGCACACGGGUGAGAAGCCGUACAAAUGCAGCUGGGAGGGUUGCGAAUGGCGAUUCGCUCGAUCGGACGAAUUGACGCGCCAUUACCGCAAACACACGGGUGCAAAACCCUUCAAAUGCAGGCAUUGCGACCGUUGUUUUUCCCGCAGCGAUCACCUGGCCCUCCAUAUGAAGAGACAUGUUUAGAAAAAAAAAAAAAAUGGGAGAGUGACGACGAGUGCGAUCGUUUCGUGCUCUUUAACAUUUAUUAUUAAUAAAAAAAAAAAAAAAAGAAAAAAGAUAUGCGGAGAUAAGAAGGCGCUGUAAAACGAAUACCUAAACCAAACGACGGAGAGAAAAAAUUAAACAAACGUAAAAAGAAGAAGAAAAAAAAAAACACACGGAAAGAAAGAAACAAUAAGAAGAAAAAGAAGCUCACCCCCAACCCCCGCCCUGGAUUCGAAUAAAUAGUAGCAGGAGAAUAAGGAGAAUGACGCACACGAAGAGAAAAAAUAAACUAACAAUGAUUUCCAAUUGAAUUUUUAGCAAGCUGACAAGCCAAGGACGAAAAAAAAGGUAACGAAAAUUAGAGAAAAAAGCAAAAAAAAAAAAAAUCAGAAA